AAGAUGGAGGUGGUGUAGUGCAGUACUAGACGAAGAGCAGAAUGAAGGCCUCAAGACAAUCUAAAAGUGGCUUGAGCACCUUGAAGCUCUUGUGCACAGAUGUGAGGGGUAUGGGGGCCAGGCGGUUUACAGCCGCGGCUUGAUAAAGGUCUCCAAGCUUGGGACUACAAUUCCCAGAGUGCACUACACCUAAGGCAAAUUCCUGUUAGCGCUUUAGCCCUUUUGGAUGGAAGGAGCAUCAGACUUGAAUCCGUGAUGUAAGGGGUCGGUUGUGAGAACACUUAAGGCUGCAGGCUCGGAGUCGGGAUGAGCCGGCCGGGGGUCAGCUGUGUCAAGAUAGAAAUCAAGAAGAUUGGUCACCUUGUGGAAUUUUGAAUCAUGGCCUGUCUAAUGACAUUCAGAGAUGUGGCUGUAGAUUUUUCUCCAGAAGAGUGGGAGUAUCUGAAUGUGGAACAGAGGAAUUUAUACACAGAUGUGAUGUUAGAGAACUACAGCCACCUGGUCUCUGUGGGUCUUUGCAUUUAUCAACCACAUGUGUUCCCUGUGUUGGAAAAAGAACAAGAUACCUACAUGGAUUCAGGCGAUGAGACAAGAGACUUUUGCCCAGACAUACAUUCCAUGAGGCAGACUAAGAAGUUACUUUCAAAAAAUAACAAAUUUGCAAGAGAAUUAUCUCAAUGGGAAAUAAUGGAAAUUGGUACAAACUGCAGCCUUGAAGGUUCCUGUCUGGAUGAGAGUGAAGGUGAAGGUCAAGUUCAAACCCAACAUGAAAAUCAAGAGGAAUGUUUUAAGGAAAUGACACUCACCUAUGAAGAAGUGCCUACUUUGAACCAGCUCACAGCUUUUAGUCAACAUUCGAGUCUUAAUAUAGGAGAGAAAUUGAAUGAAUUUAAGUAUGGAAUAUCCUUUGGUUUUGGUCCAGACCACACUCAACAUCUGUUAAUUCAUACUGAUGAAAAGUUCUGGGAAGAUAAGAAAUGUGGAAUGACCUUUCCUUCUGAUUCACAACCUACUCAAUAUCAGAAAGUUCAAACUGGUAAGAAACCAUAUCAGUGUGAGGAAUGUGGGAAGACUUUUAGUUUUCGUUCAAGUCUUACUGGUCAUAAGAGGAUUCACACUGGGGAGAAGCCUUUUAAAUGUAAGGAAUGUGGGAAAGCCUUUAGAUUUCAUUCACUACUCAGUAUCCAUAAGCGCAUUCAUACUGGUGAAAAAUCUUAUGAAUGUAAGGAAUGUGGGAAAACCUUUAAUUACAGCUCAGACCUUACUCGACAUCACCGAAUUCAUACUGGUGAAAAGCCUUAUCAGUGUAGGGAAUGUGGAAAGGCCUUUAGUUGUGGGUCAGACCUUACUCGACAUGAGAGAAUUCACAGUGGUGAAAAGCCCUACAAAUGUAGUGAAUGUCGGAAGGCUUUCAUUCAGCAGUCACAUCUUAUUAAACAUCAGAGAAUUCACACUGGUGAAAAACCUUAUGUAUGUAAGGAGUGUGGGAAAGCUUUUACAUGUGGGUCACAGCUAACUCAACAUAAGAAAAUUCAUACUGGUGAAAAAUUACGUAAAUGUAAGGAAUGUAAAAAUGCCUUUAAUUUUACCCUGGAUCAUACUCAACGUCAGUUAGUUUUCAUUGGUGAAAAAUUCUUUGAGGAUAAGGAAAAUGGGAAGACCUUGUUGCCUAAAUCAGAACUCACUAAUUAUCAGACAGUUAACACUGGUAAGAAAAUAUUUGAAUGUAAAGAGUGUGGCAAGGCUUUUAGUUUACGUUCUAUUGUAAAUGAUCUUAAGAGAAUUCAUACCGGGGAAAAACCUUUCAAAUGUAAGGAGUGUGGGAAGGCCUUUAGUUGUGGCUCAGACCUUACUCGACAUCAGAGAAUUCAUACUGGUGAAAAGCCCUAUGAGUGUAAGGAAUGUGGUAAGGCCUUUAUUUGUAAAUCAGACCUUGGCCGACAUGAGAGAGUUCAUACUGGUGAAAAACCAUAUGUAUGCAAGAAGUGUGGGAAAGCUUUCACUCGUGGUGCACAUCUAACUCAACAUCAGAAAAUGCAUACUGUUGAGAAAUCACAUGAACUGAAGGAAUAUGGAAAUGCCUUUAGUUCUGGCUUAGAACAUACUCAGCAUCCUUUAGUUCAUUCUGGCGUGAAAUUCUGGCAAGACAAGGAACGUAUGGAUAUCCUUCCUCAUGAUUCAGCACCUGUUCAGUAUCAGACAGUUCAGACUGGUAAGACAUAUGAAUAUAAAGAGGGUGGGAAAGAUUCUAGUUGGCAUUCUGGUGAUACGGAUCUUAAAAGAAUUCAUGUAAAGGAGAAACGUUUCCAAUGUAAAGACUGUCCAAAAGCUUUUAGAUAUUGUUCAGAACUUACUCGACACCAGAGACUACAUACAGGUGAAAGACCCUUUAAAUGUCAGGAAUGUUGGAAGGCAUUUGGUUCUGCUUCAGACCUUGCUCGACAUGAGAGAAUUCAUACUGGUGAAAGGCCCUUUGAAUGCAGUGAAUGUGGGAAGGCUUUCAUUCAGCAGUCACAUCUUAUUAAACAUCAGAGAAUCCACACUGAUCAGCAGCCCAAAAGCUUAAUGAAUAUAGAAAGGCCUUUAGUCUGUGAUCACAUGCUUUUAAACAUGAGAGAAUUCACACUAGUGAACAACAUUAUAAAUGUAAGGAAUGUUGGAAAGAUUUUAUUUACCAAUCAAACCUAAGUCAGUCUCAGAAAUUUUGAACUGGAGAAAUUAAGAUAAAGAAUGUGGAAAAGCCCAUUUCCCUGGUGCAAAUCAUACCCAAUAUCAGAUGUUUCCGGUGGUCAUAAAUUCUGUGAGUGAGAAACUUGUGAAAGCUCAAUCCUGCAACACAGACCUUUGCCAGCACCAGUGAAUUCAUGAUGGCAGGAAACUCUUGAGUAGAAGGAAUGUAGAAAGACCUUAUUGAGUUCAUAUCUUACUCAACAUGAGAAGAUUCAAUAAAAGAAACUGAAUAUAAGACUCAGUGUAAUACAGAUCAAACAAUUCAUACUGGAGAAAGUGAAUGAAAGGACUAUGGAAACUUCUGUGGUUCUGAAUUGAUAGCACAAAAUACAUACUGGAAAGAGACUUGCAAAUGUGAAGAAUGUGGUAGAAAUGCCUUUUUCUGGGAUUUGCAAUUUAAACUUUAGAGACACAGUCAAGGAACUUCAUGUUUGUAGAAAAAUCUGUGGGAGGUCUUACCUGAGGGUCAUUAUUAACAUGACAGGAAAAUACAUAUUAGCACCACAUGCUUACCAACUGAGCUAACUGGCCAGAUAGGAAAAUACAUGUUGAUGCAAAGCCCCAUGAAUGUAAGAAAAGUAGCCAUUUAGUCACUGUGCAAAUUUUGCCCAACAGGAUAUUUAUAUUUUUUUUUUGUUACAAAAUAUAAGGCCUUGUAUCUGCUGUGCAAGUGACCUACAUCUGAACUGUAUAUUCUGCCCUAAGAAUAUUUACACUUUUGAGAAGACCUAUAAGUAUAAAAGAUUUUGAGAACUUCUUUUCUCCCAGGGUUUUAAUUUUUUAUAUACUGUUAUAUAAUUGUGCAAUAUGAAAAUAGGAAAAGCUAACUUGUUCAUAACUAAUUUAUGAGUUAAUUCCUUUUUAGAAACCCUUGCAGUGUAAUAUUAGAAGGUCUUUUGUCAUUGGCCAUGGUGGCAUACGCCUUUAAUCCUAGCACUUGGAAGCAUGAGAUAGGAGAAUCACUGUGAGUUUGAGGCCACACUGGAACUAUAGAAUGAGUUCCAGAUGGGUCUGAGCUAGAGUGACACCCUGUUUCCAAACUACAAAAAAAAAGGUCUUUUGUCACCAUAAUUACACCCAUUAAUAGAAUUCAUAAUGUAUGUUAAUCUAUGUUAAUUUGGGGAAGACUUUAUUCACUAUUAUUUAUGGACCACAAGAAUGCCUUAUUACUGGAAGACAGUGGAUUAUAGAUAUUUUGAAAAUAUGAAUGUAAAUAUAUAAAGCAUAUGAGACAGUUU